AUGGGUAAAGUUCACGGAUCUCUUGCCCGUGCCGGCAAGGUCAAGUCUCAGACCCCCAAAGUCGAGCCCCAGGAGAAGCCCAAGACCCCCAAGGGUCGUGCUCUCAAGCGUCACAAGUACAUCCGACGAUUCGUUAACGUCACCCUGACCGGUGGCAAGCGGAAGAUGAACCCCAACCCCGGCUCAUAA